CUCCAGUGUGCUGUGGUUUGUAAAAAAAAAGAUGCUACACUAGUGAAGUUUAAAAAUAUAAAUAUUUUGACAGGGUAAGAAUGAGGGACCCUGUGUUUGAGGCUGGGAAAGAGGAAACUGAAGAGGGAAACACAGAGAAAGAAGAAAAUGAAGAAGACAAGAUAUUCCCGAAGCCUGUUAUUGAAGACCUAAGCAUGGAAUUGGCCAGAAAAUGCACUGAACUCAUUAGUGAUAUCCAUUAUAAAGAAGAGUAUAAAAAAUCUAAGGACAAAUGUACAUUUGUGCCUGACACUCCCAUGCUUACCCAUGUUAAAAAUAUUGGCGCUUUUAUUUCAGAGGCAAAAUACAGAGGCAAGGUGAAGGUCAACCUUUCCAACUCUCUUUAUAAGCAGAUGCCUGCCACCAUCGACAGUGUCUUUGCAAGAGAAGUUUCCCAGCUUCAGAGUGAGGUUGCCUAUAAGCAGAAGCAUGAUGCUGCCAAAGGAGUCUCAGAUUAUGCCCACAUGAAGGAGCCACCUGAUCUCAGACAUGCCAUGGAGGUCAACAAGCACCAGAGUAAUAUUUCUUAUAGGAAAGAUGUGCAGGACACCCACACAUAUACUGCAGAGCUGGACAGACCGGAUAUCAAGAAGGCAACUCAGAUCUCCAAGAUCAUAAGCAAUGCAGAAUACAAGAAAGGACAAGGAGUCAUGAAUAAAGAGCCUGCUGUAAUUGGAAGACCAGAUUUUGAACAUGCUGUGGAAGUGGCCAAACUUUCUAGUCAAGUUAAAUAUAAAGAAAAAUUUGACAACGAAAUGAAGGAUAAGAAACAUCAUUACAACCCUCUUGAAAGUGCUUCUUUUAAGCAAAAUCAGCUUGCCGCUAUACUUGCAAGUGAUGUGAAGUACAAGAAAGACUUACAAAAUAUGCACGAUCCGGUUUCAGAUAUCCCAAAUUUGUUGUUUUUAGACCACGCUUUGAAAGCCAGCAAAAUGCUCAGCGGACGAGAAUAUAAAAAGCUUUUUGAGGAAAACAGAGGACUGUAUCAUUUUGAUGCAGAUGCUGCCGAUCACCUGCACCACCAAGGCAAUGCCACCCUUCAGAGUCAGGUUAAAUACAAAGAAGAAUAUGAGAAAAAUAAGGGAAAGUCAAUGCUUGAAUUUGUUGAGACGCCAUCUUACCAAACUUCCAAAGAAGCUCAAAAGAUGCAAAGUGAGAAAGUUUACAGAGAAGAUUUUGAGAAGGAGAUUAAGGGAAGGUCCUCUCUAGAUUUGGACAAGACUCCUGAAUUUUUACAUGUAAAGUACAUCACCAACCUUCUGAGGGAGAAAGAAUAUAAAAAGGAUUUGGAAAAUGAAAUAAAGGGAAAAGGAAUGGACCUUAAUUCAGAAGUUCUUGAUAUUCAAAGAGCCAAACGAGCAUCUGAAAUGGCCAGUGAGAAGGAAUACAAGAAAGACCUAGAGUCCAAAAUUAAGGGCAAGGGAAUGCAGGUUGGCACUGACAGCCUUGAAUUCCAGCGUGCCAAAAAAGCUACAGAGAUCGUCAGUGAGAAAGACUAUAAAAGAGAUCUGGAGACUGAAAUUAAAGGGAAAGGAAUGCAAGUCAGCGCAGAGACUCUUGAUGUGCAGAGGGCUAAGAGAGCCUCAGAGAUGGCCAGCCAGAAGCAAUAUAAGAAAGACUUAGAAAAUGAAAUUAAGGGGAAAGGAAUGCAAGUGAACGUGGAUAUCCCAGAUAUGCUUCGAGCCAAGAGGGCGUCUGAAAUCUGUAGCCAGAAAAAGUACAAAGAUGAAGCAGAGAAAAUGCUUUCUAACUAUUCCAUUGUGGCAGAUACUCCCGAAAUUCAGAGAAUUAAGACAACUCAACAAAAUAUUAGUAUGGUAUUUUAUAAGGAAGAAGUAGGAGCUGGCACAGCAGUAAAAGGUACUCCAGAGAUGGAACGAGUGAAGAAAAAUCAGCAAAAUAUUAGUUCAGUGAAAUACAAAGAAGAGAUUAAACAUGCAACAGCCAUUUCUGAUCCUCCAGAGCUAAAGAGAGUUAAAGAAAACCAGAAGAACAUCAGCAAUCUCCAGUAUAAAGAGCAAAACUAUAAGGCCACUCCAAUAAGCAUGACCCCAGAGAUAGAGAGGGUGAGGCGAAACCAGGAGCAGCUGAGUACGGUAAAAUACAGAGGAGAGAUUAAACAAGCAACUGCCAUUUCUGACCCACCAGAGCUGAAGAGAGUGAAAGAAAAUCAGAAGAACCUCAGCAAUGUUUAUUAUAAAGGUCAGUUGGGAAGAGCUACGGCUUUAAGUGUAACUCCUGAAAUGGAAAGAGUAAAGAAGAACCAAGAAAAUAUUAGCUCGGUAAAAUAUACUCAGGACCAUAAACUGAUGAAAGGCAGACCAAGUCUGAUUUUAGAUACACCUGGUCUGAGACAUGUUAAAGAAGCACAAAACCAUAUUUCAAUGGUAAAGUAUCAUGAAGAUUUUGAGAAGACAAAAGGAAGAGGCUUCACUCCUGUGGUUGACGAUCCCGUGACAGAGCGGGUAAGGAAGAACACUCAGGUUGUCAGCGACGCUGCCUACAAAGGUAUCCAGCCUCACGUGGUGGAGAUGGACAGGAGACCCGGAAUCAUUGUUGACCUCAAAGUUUGGCGCACAGAUCCUGGCUCCAUCUUCGACAUCGAUCCCCUGGAAGACAAUAUUCAGUCUAGAAGUCUCCAUAUGCUCUCUGAAAAGGCGARUCAAUAUAGGAGACAGCGGUCUCGAUCGCAUUCGAGCAGUACUUUUGGUACAGGUCUGGGAGAUGACAAGUCCGAAAUCUCCGAGAUUUACCCUAGUUUUUCAGGCUGCAGUGAGGUCACAAGACCAUCCGAUGAAGGAGCGCCUGUUCUCCCUGGAGCUUACCAGCAAAGCCAUUCCCAAGGCUACGGGUACAUGCACCAGACCAGUGUGUCAUCCAUGAGGUCUAUGCAGCACUCACCAAAUCUAAGGACCUACCGAGCUAUGUACGAUUACAGUGCCCAGGAUGAGGAUGAAGUCUCCUUCCGAGAUGGCGACUACAUCGUCAACGUGCAGCCCAUCGAUGACGGCUGGAUGUAUGGCACAGUGCAGAGAACUGGGAGAACGGGCAUGCUCCCAGCAAAUUACAUCGAGUUUGUGAAUUAAUUCCUUCUCCUUGCCCUUUGAGCUUUAUUCUAAUGUAUCCUAAACCCAAUCUUUUUAAAAGAUAGAAGACACUUUUAAGCAACUUGGCAAUUAUUUUACAACAAUGUAUCCUUACUUUGACAAUUAGACACACAGGUACCAGGAAGGAGGAGUGAAUUUUGGCUGAGGAGAGCAGCAUAUUCAGUAAUUCCUGUAAACAAAAAAAAUCAUUACUGUCUGGAGACCUGGUGCUGCUAAUUGUGUUUGUAGUUUCCUUUGACUGGCRAUUGAACCCUUCUGGAAAUGUAUUUUUGUAGACUUUAAUAGAGAUGUUGAUUGUCCCUUCCAURUAAUGAGUGUGUGAAACUUCUUAGCUGUCACUUUGGAAAUCACCAGAAGCCAAUUCUCAACUCAGUAACACAGCCAAUAAUUUAAAAACCAUUUAGCUUUUGAGUCAUUAGGCAAUUUCCAGUUCAACUGAAAAUUGCCUACUAUAAUAAAUGUAAGCAGUGGCAGAAUGAUAGCCUGCUUAAAAUUUUAUUGACUGGUAGCCUUAGGGACCMAACAGGAAAUUUCCUGGAUCCCAAGGCUGACUGGGAUCUGUUUAUUUCUCCUUUGCACCAAGGCAUAUCCUACUCCCCAUUUACAUUCUGUGGACUCAAGUACCGCCCCGUUCCACAGAACAUCAGGACCAAAUAACUUCACAGCUACUCUGUAAAGGGCAAAGAUUCAUGUCAUCUGUAUUAUUUCCCUAGUAGUGUUUACCCUGUUGCAUGUCACGUAGGUUCAAGUUUCUGUAUCAUAGACAGCUGCACUGCCCAUUCCUGUUAAAAGCAAACAGUGUGGCUGAUAUCCAAAGCCCUCCCCUGUAGCUGCCAGCGCAUCAGAAAAACAUAUUUUGAGAAGUUGCUUGAGAUUUUCCUGCUGUAUUGCACUGUAGUUUUGAAGGAUUUACACCUUAGGAAAUUAGAUGUAUACUCUAAUAAAUAAGUGAUUUAGGUAUUUAUUGAACGGCUUUCAUUAACUUAAUGCUGCUAUUGAUUUAAAAGUGAAGAAAACUUAAUAGAAUCCAGUGGGAAAAAAAUGGCAUAUAGAGUGUACUAGGAAAACCCCAGCAAACAAAAGUUACCAACUCCAUAUAGAGAUGGUCUGGUUUUCUUAUUUUGGAAAAUGGUCUUCAAAUUCUGGAAUGGGACUCUAGCCAUUAAGACUGGUUAAUCAAAAAGACUUUCUUUCCACUCUGUGAUUUUUAAUUUUCUAAAUCACAUUCAUAGGAAUGUCAUCAGAGAUUUUUCAGUACAAGCCAAACAGUUUGUCUACUGAAAAAAGGCAUGGUUGGCAUGUUUUGGGUGACUUUUCAGGCAUUUGCUAGAUUCACAGCCACAAGUGUAACCUUUGCUGGUGGGUCUUGGAAUUUCUCCUGGAGCUUGGGGUCAAGGUCACCAAGAGUUUGGUGUCUGUUGACAAUUCUGUG